AGCUACUUAACCGACAUUUAUGCAUCGUAAAUCUUUGAUUUAGUAUGAGACAUUUGCGAAUUUCAGUGUUACCGUCGGCACAAUACCUGACUUUGUCGGCGACUCCUAAAGGUUGUUUCAGAGCAGUUUGUAGAGCCUCGGGUCAUCGUAGUUGGCCCUAGACCUUUGGAGAUCAUGGAUAAAGUGGAGGUGAUUGAGGUUGUGAAAUUGACUGAGGAUUCAGAGAGCUGCCACAGUCAAAUGGAGGUGACCACCCCAAAGAAGAGAAAGAGCAAAGCUCAAGAAGAAAGUGUUGAGAAACCUAAGAAGCCUAGGUCUGCCUACCUGCUAUACUACUUUGAUGUUCAUCAGAUUAUGCAACAGGAAAUCCCUAAUCUGCCACAGUCAGAGAUCAACAAGAGAAUCAGCGAGAGCUGGAGAAGGCUCAGUGUAGCUGAGAAAGGCUACUAUCUGGAGAAGGCCAAGUCCGAGAAGGAUGGCGCAGACACAUCGUGUCUCAGCCCCUCCAAGGACCUACCAGGCUUCCGCAAAAUCCUCCCGAGAGCCAGUUACAUUUUGCUGUCUAAAGGCUGCCCCUCAAAUCAGCAGCUGGGAGGCUCUCAGCCAGAGGUGAGCGUUGAGUCUCUGGACUCUCCAGUGGAGGGAGGUCUGCCUUCCACCUCUCUCACCCAAGAGCCCCAGUUCACAGCUCUUGGCUUGGUCGGCGAGGUGGAGCUUUCUGAGCAGCCAAUUGUUGUGGAUGACAUAGCAGAAGAAACGGAAGUGGCGUCCAAUCCCACGACCCCCCGAGGAAUCCCACCCUCCUCUUCCUCCUCUGUUUUAUGCAAAGCCUCGGCCUCCACAGACACCCAUGUCCCACAGGGCUCUGCUGGCCCCACAGCAAAUGGCGUGACACUUAAAGGAAAUGAGACCAGAGUUGCUGGUAGUGGUUAUGGUGGAGCAAUGGUGCAGCAGAUACAGGGGGAAACUGCCCAGGUGGUUGCCAUCAUACCCACCCAGAACCUGCUGGAGCCAAAGUCUCUGCCAGGCGUCAGCUCUGUGGGCCCAGUGAUGAUGGUCUCUGUCGGAGCCAGCAUUGAACAAAGUGCCAAACCUUCCUAUAAAAUGUCUGUGAAGACGUACACCCGCAGAGGUCGAGGGAGGUGUCUAAAUCCUGGGUGUUCAUUUGUGUAUGUCACCCGCCACAAGCCACCGACGUGCCCUGAAUGUGGGAGCCACUUGGGUGGAAAAUGGAUACCUGCCGCAAAGAAGAUGCAAGAGAGAGACGCUGUGCCCAAGCAAUUGCCGCAGAAAUCUGAAACCAAGAUUAAAGAAAGCUGUAAACCCAUCUCUACCCCUGCUCAGCAGGGGAAUGCUGAUGUCAGUAAAAGAAAUGCCACUGGGAGCAAAAAAGAAGUUCAGAAGUGCUCCAGAAAGCAGCAUGCAGUUUCAGGUGGAAAGCCACUAGAGGGCAGCAGCGUCAAGGAACAGGAACAAACAAAACAGAUGAAGGACAGUCUUCAGUGUGCGACACUCCAGGGUCAACACAGAAGCAACGCCACUGUUCAAAAGAGGCCUGUGAGACCUAUCCUUCCUGCCUAUUACAGCACAGGCCGUGCUUUGUUCCAGAUCAUAACAGUCCCACCGGACAAAGGAAAGUUCCAGAGUGCAAACAACAAUAAAUCAUCCACCGUGCCUCGAGAGAGUCUCUCAGGUCUCAAACCCAGCACUUUAAAGCAGCUUGGCCAGACGGUCCCGACAACCGCAGCCAAGCAGGAUUCUUCUGUCCCAGCAGAUGGCAGCCAGGCUGUGUCUUCACUGGUUGAUAGGAGAGUGAAUAUCGUGUCAGUCGUGCCUUUUAAACAACAUGCCGUUUCCAGCUUUGAUUUGGGUCUGUCAACAGCACGAGGAAGGGGUCGGUGUAAGAACCCGUCCUGUGACUACAUGUAUAAGAACAGACACAAACCUGCAGUGUGCCCUAAAUGCGGCUGUGAGCUGACCCAGAAGAACACCAAGGGAACAAAGUCUGAGACUCUGCUCGAUCCGUACCAGGCCCUGAGUCCUGCUCAGAAGGACAUUCAGCGCCAGAGCACCCUGCAGCUGCUGCACCGUUCCCUGCAGAUUCCUGAGAGCGAGACUGAGCUACAGGAAACGUUGACGCUCAUCCAGGAGCUCAACAGUCUGCAGAUCGUCUUGGUUCGACCAGGUGAUCAGGAGCAUGAGAACAGUGUAGAGGCGGAGACGCUGAUAGAGUCUGGGUGGCCUCAGUUCUAUGAAUCAGCAGCUACUCACUGUGGCCUGUGUAACUACCCUCUCUUCAAAGGAGAUCAGAGUACCGUUGCAGGACAAGUGGACUGCUGGCUGCUCACUGAGACACUGAUCCAGACAGCCACUCUUCAGCUCAAGGUGUGUCUCAACGUUCAGUGUCUGGCUCUGCACAGCUUCACUGACCUGCAUCCAGGUUUGUUCAACAUUGGGAACAGACUGCUGGCUAGCAUCGACCAGCUGCUGAAGAUCAGGGCCUAUAUCAAACUGGGCCAAGCACCCUCUCAUGCAGCCAGGACCGUGCUUGAAAACAUCCCCAAUCACCCUGUCCACGCUCUGAGUCCAGAGGAGUUAUCUCAAAUUCUAGAGCUUCUCCUGAGCGGCUACUGGGCCUUUGAGUGUCUGACAGUGAGAGAUUACAACGACAUGAUCUGUGGCAUUUGUGGUGUUGCUCCCAAACUGGAGGUUGCGCAGCGAUACACAAGCAACGUACUGGAGCUAAAGAAUGUGGAGUUCACCUGGCCCGAGUUUUCAGUCUCAGAUGAGGUACACGUGGAUGACUUCUGGUUGACCAUGGAAAGCGAAGCUAUCGAGCAAGCAACUUUCCCCACUGACAUCCCCAUCACACGGGUGGAUGCUUCUAUAAUUUCUCCCUUCAUACCUCCACUCAUGAGGAGUCCCGCUGUCAUCAACACGGAGAAAGACAAGGUCCUGACACACACACAGCAGCCCUCAGGAGAUCCAUCAGUUUUGGUGCGUCUCAUUCACGAUGGUCAGCUGAGACUCGACAAGAUUGAAGAGCACAGUGAAGACGAGCUGAGAACAAUACUGGACUGCUGCGGGGCGAGCAUCACCCCAGGGUCUACUAAGACUGAGCUGCUGGCCUCCCUGAUCUCCCUGUACACACUGGUUCACAGCGGCCUCCUCACAGCUCCACAGCCCCCUCCACACCUCACCGCUGGCAAGCUGUCAAAGGUCUGCCCGCACAAGGUGGUGUGUGGCUCUAAGUACUUGGUGAGAGGAGAGACAGCUCGGGACCACAUAGACCUGCUGCUGUCUUCCCGCUACUGGCCCCCAGUCUAUGUCAGCGACUGUGCCCGUCAGGUAGCGCUCUGUGCUGACAUGCAGUACCCAGAACUGGCAACCCAGAUGUGGGGCAGGAACCAAGGCUGCUUCUCUGACCCUUUUGAAAAGCCAGAGUUUGUGUCAUGUGCUGAGCUGCAAGACCAGCCGUACAGCGCUGACCUGUCGCUGGUAGCAGAGAACCAGCAGGUCCACCCCAUCACCAAAUCAUCUUGUUGCUGGCUGGUUCAUCCUCCUGGAGCAGCCCAGGAGUCUCCUGCUCCUCCCUCAGAGCACCACUCGAUGUCCCUCUGCAAAGAUCUGGAGCCCUACGUCAGCCUGGUGGCUGAGCUGGAGAAAGAGAGGGAAGAGGACGACGAGGGGGCAGAACAGAAAGAGCAGACAGACAAAGCUGAGAGUGACUCCGCAGAGAGCUCAGAUGACUGUUACUCUGUGAGCCGUGCACGGCGGCAGCCUGUGGUUUUCAACAACACAGCUUAUUACUACCUUUACAACCGUCUGGUAGAUUUUCUGACCAGCAGAGACAUUGUGAGCCAGCAGAUCAACGAAGUGGUGAAGGCCUGCCAGCCUGGGGAGGUAGUGAUCAGGGAUGCUCUGUACCGACUGGGAGUGGCACAGAUCAACACAGAGAAAGAGGAGGAUGAAGGAAGCGGGGUGCAGGGACAGACACAAGAGGCAGGGACGGAGACUUAUGAGGUUGUGCUUCCUGAGUAGAAAUGCUCAGGGUGGACAAUCAGCAUGCAGGCAGAUGGAUGGACUGAAUGUAAACAUGGCUGCAUCUAAAGACAGGAGUGCAGCCAUCAGGAGAGAUGGAAGUGCUACCAGAAGUAUCAAAGAAUAUGGGGGCAACACAGUGCUAACCAUAACUCAGUGUUGGAAAGUACUUUACUGUUAUAUUAGCCUGUAUAACAGCACAUAAUAACAGCUAUACAUUGUUUUACUGAUGUGAGGAAGUAGACUGAAUACUGAAAAAGUGGGCUGAAUUUUGCCGAAAUGGACCUUAACGUAGGUGAUGGGAUGUCACUGGUGUUUACUGUGAACAUAUAAAAAACAAAAUUGCAGAUUACAGCAUACGCGGCCAUAUUCUUAACCGUCUCUAACCACAGUUAACAGUCAGUGUGAGAGUUUAUAGGAGUCAAGAUGAUGGAGAAUGAGUUUCAGACUUAUUCUUUUAAAUGACUAAAAGAAUGUAAUCUUUUUUUUUUUUACCAGUAGGGUGUCAAGAGUUAAAGAGGGGAAGAGGUGUGUAAAGGCGAUCUUUUCUGUGACUGAAAGAAUGUAAAGAUUUUAAUAACUUAACCAAUUCAAGCCUAAAUGUAUAUAUUUAACCAUUAAUAGUGUGUUGUAUUUAUUUCCCUUUUAUGUCCAGAGACAUUUCUGCUUUACAUUUUUACACUCUUACCUCUCCCCUGCCACGUGUUGCCUUUUAGACUGACGUUUGCUUUUGAAAAGUGAUGAUAAUUGUCGACUGUGCAGAGUCAUGAUGUGGUGAUGGACCUUGCGGCCUUUGCUUUAUUUUGGAUUUCAUUUUUUCUUCAAGGAAGUUCAAGUUAUUCCUGUCAACUGAUCAGCAGUCAGCCUUUAAAAAUGAGCUCUGUAGAUCUGCCUGCAUGAGGUGCUUCAGAGAGAUUACUUUUUGUCACCAAUGCUUUACUUUGCAAUUAAGACAAGACUUUUACGAAGCAUUGACACUGUCUAAAUGGUUGAAAAUAGGUUCAUUUGUCAAGACUUCAAGUGUUCAGUGGGGACACCUGUUGAUCAGAGCACAUCGCAGCAGCCAAGAAUUCUGUAGAUAAAGAAAAUAUUGUGAUAGCUGACACAGUUAUGUCCUGUAAGUGAAACUGCUGAUGUAACAGAUACAAUAAAUGAAUGAUUUUGCA